AGAUGAGCCCGCUUCCCCGACGCACCGGGGGGCUGUGGCUGACUAAAGGUGUGGCCUAGUACGUGCGCCAUACGGCACGUGACCACGCAGCCAAUGGGGAGGUGGCGGUGGCUCCGCGUCGCGAGUGUAUGAAGCGAGUGCAUAAAAUAAAACAAGCACUAAUGUCCAACUGAACGCCGCUGAGCGGUCCUUCGAGUUACGAACUCCUCGCGGACAAGAGAGCGCGUUGAGACGCUUGGCGCGUUCUCACUCCGCCUUACCGAGGCGCAGUUAGAACGCAAGCGAGAGCUUGCACGGACAAGGAACGCGCGGAAAAAAACAUUUUGCCAAAGGGACUUUCAAUGAUUUCGCGUACCCACACUUAUGCAGUCCUAAAUGCCUCUGCACUAUUUUUUUUUUUUUCAAAAUGUAGCUUGUAAAACUUGAGAUCUUCGGCUUCCAGUCGCCGUUGUUAUGGCAACCUUGUCUACAGCCGCCAUCUCCUUGAGCUGCAAUAAGAUUCUGUGGCUAACGUGUUGCGGUGUGCUAUUACAGACUGCCUUCGCAGCGCGAAAUCUCAGCCACUUUUAUCUCGGCAUGUCGACGAUUAGUAUUUCUGGCGCGUUAAUGGCCGGCGCACCCAUACACAGCCGCGCGCACGCACGCACAGCAACAGCGCAGUCGUCCAUAUCGCCGUGAUCAAGCCAGCGUCACUACUGAUGCAACGUCCCAAAGGGAGAGUGAGAGAAGCAAGGUUGGAGGCGGUGUUUGGGCGCUGCAGCGGUGGCCCUAUUUGUUCGAGCUGACAUUUGAUUGCGAAAGCUUCCGUUCGUUCAUAAAAAAGAAUAAUCCUCAGAGGGCGCGGCACCUCUUCUCCGUUCCUCCUUCCCUCUCACCAGGUGAGCCAGGCGACGGCUUUUGUCGUAGGAGAGGAGAGCCCGACUUUGAGAAAAAACAAAUAAAAUAGAACGAGAACUGAGAGGAACUUCGGUCCGCGGGUCUCGCGGCAGGCAGAGAGGCAGCUGCGAAGGGGUGGGGGAGCGCGCGCGCGAGCGACCGUCAGUUGAAGCUUUCUCCUUGUGGCGGCGAUCACAUCCCCCAUCAUCGCCCGGCGCAGCGAAGUCGGCACAGAGCGCGCAUCAUCCGCCGCGGACCUCGUCGCACUGAAGCGGCGCCCGCUACGCGGUGCGAUCCAUUGGUCCGACGGGGCCUAGAAGGCAGCGUUUCUCCAUCUCGCUUGCUGCAGCGCCAGCCGGAACAGCAGCCAUGGGUCUGUCGCGCAAGCCCGCGGUGCGUGCGAGGCAGAUACACGGUCUGAUCGUCGUGGCGGCUGUCUUCUGGAUCAACAUGUUCGUGCUGGGCUUACUUCGCGCCAGCGGCGUGCUCUACGUGGCCAUGGUGCGCACCUACCAGUGCAGCCACGAGCAGGCUUCGUGGCCCUUCAGCCUCGCAGGGGCCACGCUCUGCAUGACAGGACCCAUUGCUGGCGCCCUGAGCAGAUUUUUGUCCGUUAGGGCAAUCGUGACAACAGGAAUCGUCACCACAGGCCUCGCUGUCAGCUGCUGCUUCUUUGCAGAAAACAUCGUGGUCAUCGUCGUACUUGUGGGAAUAUUUUACGGCGCCGGAACGGGGAUGGUCUGCAACCUGACGCCAUUGUUGCUUACGGAACACUUCGAGAAGCACCGUGCCAUAGCCUGCGGUGUGGCCUACUCAGGCUCCACCAUUGGCUCCUUUUUCUGGCCCCCAUUGCUCGAGUACCUCAUCAACGAGUUCGGGCUGCGCGGAGCGCUGCUCAUCUAUGGAAGCACCAUCCUGCACGGCGUCAUGGGCUCCAUCUUGCUGACGCCCCUCUACCAGGCGCCGCGCAAGGAAAGCGACGCCGACAGCGCCAAGCCAGACGGCGAGGACGAGAAGAUGCUCGAGCCGCUCCGCGAGAAGUGCCAGAGCCUGGACUUCCACCCGUUCCAGAACGGACACACCAACACGCACGGCGGCAACAUCGGAAGGCGCCACUCUUCGCGCAUGUCCGUUCGCUCCGCCCUCGGUGACGGCGACAGCGCGUGCGCAGUGUCCGUGUCCGGCCUCUGCAUGGUGGUCUCCGACGGCGAACAGUGGCGCAGCCGGGACGAACACCUGGACCGCAGAUGCAGUCCAGCGACCAGUCUGAAGAAGCUGAACGAGCCCGGUCCCCUGGCCCCGCUGUGGGAGGCAGCGCCCGACGCUGCUCUGAACAGCCCGCCCAACGGGAAGCAGCCUCCGAAGGCCUCGCUGGCCGACGACGGUGGCACCACCCCUUCUCUGUGCGGAAACAUCAUUCGCGUUGUGCUAAACGACCUGAAGCUGCUGGGAAACCGGUACUUCAUCUUAGUCACCACCUCGGCAGUAGGCUUUUUCUUCGUGUUUAGCACGUUCAUUAUCAUCAUUCCUGAUUACGCCACGGACAAGGGCCUGUCGAUAAGCGACGGAGUGUUUCUGCUCUCUGUGUAUGGAAUAUCGGACCUAUUCAGCAAGCCGAUUCCUGGUCUUUUGGCGUACAAGAAUAUAAUGGACAACAAAGGAAUAUUUAUUAGUGGAGGAAUCAUCACGGGCUCGACAAUGAUUAUCAUGCCCUUUAUGGACAGCUACUGGUUCUUUGUGGUGGUGACCCUGCUGUUCGGCCUUGUGACCGGUGGACUCAUAUUUAUGACUCCUGUCCUUCUCACCGAGUUCCUUGGACCCCAGCUAGCAGUUAUGGCCUUUGGACUAUGCAACCUCUUCAUCGGCAUUACUUGCCUACUUAGACCCUUCAUCAUAGGUUACUUCAAGGACAACUGGCACAGCUAUAACGGCCUUUUCUACACCAUGGCGGUAGCAUGCAUUCUGUCUUCGCUCAGUUGGUACGUUGGGCCACUAGUGGACAAAGUAUGGACGUUUGUGAGCAGGCCAAGCAAGCCCACCCGGCCACAAGAAGUCUGAAGAAUUGAUGUGCGCCAGAACUAGGGCAGGACCUUACUAAUGUAUCACGCUUGCAAGAACGAUGAGACUGACGCCUCAGACGCUGUUUUCGCGCGUGAAGGAAUAGGUUUUUCUGUGCGCUACUUGUGUUGUGCCUCGUGAACUGUCAAGGUGCUUGCACAGCAGAGAAACGGAGGCCAAGUCAGCGUUCCUAACUCUACCAAUUGUGAACACAGACUGCGACAGCCAUCGUUCGGAACUGCAUCAUUGUUACUCAGCGGUGAUGUGCAUACAUACGCGUCUUGCGCUAAAACCAUAUGAAGACCACUUUGCAUAAUUACCUUUUCAUUAUUAAAUACCUCAUUGUUGCUGCUUCGGUUAUCAUUCAUCUAUAUCCGUCCAUAAAGCCGAUCACUACAGCAUUCUUUUAAAGAAAAGUGAAAUUCCUGAAGGUCUUUUUAUAAAGGCUGUGGUGAAAAUCAUGUGUUAUGUGAUCAAGGCUACAGCAUGGGCUUCUUUCACUUAAAAAAAGGAGAAGGAAAGAGAAAAAUGUAAAAAAAAAAACCUUUACUCGCGUUUCGGAAUUCUUGGCCAAACAACUUGAUAAUUAAUGUCUUACAAGGACUUGACCUUGUUUAUUCUACGCUGAAUAAAAUCGAACCUUCUAGCGCUCCUUCCGCCCAAGAAGAAAGAAAGGAACGAAGGAAUAAACAUUUUAGAAGAGGUGGAAUUAAAGAUAUCGUCUAAAUUGAUGCGUAAAUUAAGUGUUCUGUGCUGAGCUUCUAGUCCAGGGGUGGACAGCUUCACGAUAUAAAUAUCCUGUGCUGAGCUUUUAGUCCAGGCGUGAAUAGGUUCACUAUACGGCCCCUAGGCAGAUAUAACAACGAUUCCUUGUCGUUCGACCUAUAGUUCAUUAUCACCCGCUGUUCGGGAACGGUCUACUAUGGUGAUAACGGCCGGGUGUUGGCCAGGUGUUGUGCCACACUGCGUGCCUAUCAUCGAGGCAACGGGCGCUCCCCCCCCCCCCCCCCCCGCCCUCCUCGUUUUUCUGAAGGCCUUGUGACUGACAACCUGGCAAGUUCCACGAAACUGCCAACCUGUUCCCGUGGAUCGAACUGAGGAAUCCGGUGGCGCGCCGCAUCAAGACUGCUGCCGCGACGAAAAAGGAAUGCGACGCGGCUGACGUCAGCCCCACCGGCCCGCCUCGUUCCUGCCGACGAUGGAUUGCCAAGGCGGAAACGGCCCAUUGUUAAGUCCCACUAGCCGCCCCGUCAGUCUGGUGCGCUCUUCGGCACCGCUACUUGUAUGCUAUUACCUGCUAUAUCUGUAUACAUAAUGUAUAAAGCUGUUCGUCUCCUCUU